AUGAGUGGCGAUGAAGCGCACACAUGUGCAGGCCAGAUCAGCAUGGUGCCCUGCUGCCGCGGCGGGCCCAGCGCACAGCCCAGGCACACCGCUGAAUCGCCGAACUGCCCAACUGGCUCCUGCGAAGGGGCUGCGCAGGCCGAAAACGUGGCUGAAUCCCGCAAGACGAUGCAGAUCCUGCCGAUCGAGGUGAUGGCAAGGGAGGACGUCGGGCGAAGGAUCGGUGGAGGUCUGUUGAACCUGGAUAGGCCUGUCAUCCUGUCAGAGGGAUGCUGUCAGGAAUGGGGAAUCAUGCUCUGGAAACCAGAGGUCCUUGCAGACCAGUAUGGUGAAGUAAAGGUUGAAGUGAGGCUGGCGAAUAAGCAGGAAGUGCAACCCCCUUGGGAAGGGGACUGCAGAUAUCAGAUGUGCACAUUCAGCCAGUUUGCAGAAUGGCUGAAAACAGGGAAUCAAGGUGGUGGACAUGGGAGCCCACAGGUCGACAGUGAACAUCCCUUAGCUGGAUUCAAGUUUGCUGAUUGGUGGGCCUACGCAGACUACAAAUAUUUCCCUCAGAUGUUUCCCAACCCUGAAGACCCAGCUUAUACUUCUGUGGACUGGGCGUCGCUUGGAUUGCCUGUUGGGCCUGAGGAGACCGUGUUUUGGAUGGGCACAGGGGGUGCGUCCACUCCAUUGCACUUUGACACCUAUGGCCAGAACGCCAUUUUACAGUUCCUGUCGCCACAGCAGAGGCGACCACUUUCUUCAACAAUGAGCAGUUUCCUCUUGCAACUGUACUGCUACAGGGCGCGUUGGGCAUGGUGUAGGUAUAUGGCAAAAAGCAAUGGACGCUUUUGCCGCCAGAGGCGAGUCGUGUGCUGCAGCCCUCAAGGAUCCCAUUUGAGGAGUCGUCAGUGUAUUCACAGGUAG